CACACAUGCGCAGGGCUCCAAGCAGCUCCCAGCCCAGGGAAGGCAGGACAGGAGCUCAGCUCUGAGCAACAAAUCCAACCUGGCCUGGCAAGAAAGCGUUCAGCUCUCGUAAAAGGUGAUUCACCUGCAAACAGGAGCAGCUGCCUGCUCUUGCAGCCCAGCCUGCAGAGUUAUUCAUGAAGCCAUUUCUGAUCCUCCUGGCUGGAGUUUCAGUGGUCGGUAUUGUGGCUACAGAGAGACCAUCAUGUCUGAAACGUGCAGCAUUUACUUCCACAAACUUUGAGAACAUCCUGACGUGGGAAACAGAGGCAGAUAUUCCUCCUGGCACUGUGUUUGAUGUCCAAUACAAACAGUAUGGAGAGAAAUCCUGGCUCACCAAGCUUGAGUGCCAGAGCAUCACCCAGCUCUUCUGCAACCUCAGCCAGGAGACAGAGAACUUCACGGAGCAUUUCUACGGGCGGGUGAGGGCCAGGGGCUGCUCCCCGAGCUGGGUGCGCUCCGAGAGGUUCGAGCCCCGCAAAGAGACCAUCAUAGGGGCACCACAAGUGGAAUAUAUUCCCUAUGUACGCUCCAUAAAGUUCCUGAUCCGGCCCCCCUUUACCCCCCUGCGGGGUGAGGAUGACGAGCAGCUCACCGUGGAGGACAUUUACAGCAAAUUUGGGACUGUGGAUUAUCACCUGACAAUAUUCAACCAGAGGACACAGCAGCAGUGGACAAAGAAUGAGCACAGCAAAGAAUUUGAAGUUUCCAACUUGGACCCAGACACUGAAUACAAUGGGACAGUUUACAUCUGUCUGCUGCAGAGAAGGAGCAAACCUCAGGUGUUUUGGGUCAAAACACUGUCAGAUAAAACGUGGAUUUUCUACUGUUUGGUGGCCCUGGCGUUCUGUGCUGGGCUGGUGUUUGCUGCCAGCACUUAUGUGACUUACAAAUACAUCAAACAGCGCAGUGCCCAGCCCAGAGCCCUGGACUUCAGAGGGAUUCCAUCAUUCCAGCCUCUCACACUGACAGUGGAGCACAUCAUAAAGCCCCUGAGCUUACCCAAACCUUGCCUUUCCAUCCCUGAAGUGCAGCUGGCGCAGAUGAGCCAAGAUUUGGACAGGACCCUGGAGCCAGCAGGGCUUUUCUGUCCCUACCACCAGCAGGAGGAUGUUCCAGCAUUCCCACUGUCCCCUCAGCCUUUCCAGGUGGAAUUCCCAGCUCUGACUGCUUACACUCCUCAGAGAGCAGAGCAGAAUGUUCCUGCAGCCCCGGGCAGCAGCAGCCUGGCCAUGACCUACGGGCUGUGUGUGCCAGGCACGGCCCACGCCAACCACGGCUCGCAGAGGCUCGAGGAAAUGUCACCAGAUCGUUCUGGGGAUGGAAAACUCCAAACCCAAGGGCUGGGAAAGAGCUGCAACCACUGGGAUUACAAAGAGCAGCAGGCAAAGGUGGCCCUGUGGAAGAGCAGGGACACACUGGAGUCGGUGAUCCAGGGGAGCCCUGGGCAGAGGCAGCUGCUGAUACAGAGCGAGGGGCUGGAAAAGGCAGAGCGUGUGUCCCAGCUGUCCCUGUCCUUGCUGGAACAGGGAGGAUGCUACAGACAACAGGCAGAGCGUGUGUCCCAGCUGUCCCUGUCCUUGCUGGAACAGGGAGGAUGCUACAGACAACAGGCAGAGCGUGUGUCCCAGCUGUCCCUGUCCUUGCUGGAACAGGGAGGAUGCUACAGACAACAGGCAGAGCGUGUGUCCCAGCUGUCCCUGUCCUUGCUGGAACAGGGAGGAUGCUACAGACAACAGGCAGAGCGUGUGUCCCAGCUGUCCCUGUCCUUGCUGGAACAGGGAGGAUGCUACAGACAACAGGCAGAGCUGCCCCUGCUGCUGUCUGCAGGGAAAACUGCCCCAGACUUUGUGGCAGAGGAGGAGCUGCUGGCACCGCUGUCAGCAGCCCUGCUUCUCUCGGUGAGGACUGGGAAUGACAUCCCUGGAGAGAAGCACACGGAGCAGUGGGUGCUGCCAGAGCCAUUCCCACAUCCUGCAAGCAAAGCACAGCUCCCAGAGACUGCGGGCAUGGAAAUGUUCCCAGCAGAAAAGGAGCUGAGCUGCACAGAACUGAGCGUGUCCCCAGCCAGCAGCUCCGGCUGGGACAGGGGAACUCCUCUCACCAUGCUCUUCAAAGAUCUGGACUUGAAAGUGCAGUGGGAUGAGGAGGAUAGCACAGAAUUUUAUUAGGUAUUAAAAUCCAGAUGAUUUCUGGACGUUUUCUUGCAUGAAAUGGAAACAAUGCAAAACCACAGCUGAUCCUGGCUGUAUUAACACAGCUCAGACUGUUCUGUGAUGGAGUUUGGUGCCUUUACUGAUAGAAUUACUCCUUGUUACACUGCAAUACUGUACCUUUGCACUCAAACAACAGGUCUUUAUUUCUUGCAUAUUCUCAAAUUUAUUAUGGAUUACUUUAAAAGAUCAGUUAAGAUUCAGUUCCCAAUCUCAAAUUCAGUUUACUGAAAAAUUAGCAAAGUUCACAACAGAAACCAUGUUUGCUCUUUACCAACACCAAAGAUUGAGGGCUAAGAUGUACCCCUCCCUUUGAAGAAAUUCAGGUAUGCAAACUUAGAAGUAUUUAUUGUACCACAGUAGAGCAAAAGGAGUAAAUAGCUAUUGGUGUUCUACCCUUGGAUAAAUUACUUGCAAAAAAAGGAUUCCACUUCCCUGGACUUUGCCUGUAAAGGAGUCCUUGAAACUGGCUAACAGCUCCUGAUACAGCAGUUCUGUGAAAUAUGUCCCUGUCCCCUGUGGUUUUUAAUACCUGUACAAAGAUAAAGUCUUU